GUAGAGGGAAUGUUGUUUGUUAUGUUUUCGUGUACGUGUGGAAGAAACAGGGCAUGGUGCGAACAGGAGAGGUGAUACUAGAGCAGGAAGGUGCCUAUUUAUGUUUAUCCGAGACUUUGACCGUUAUCAGCCUUUAGUUGAAAAUCACUCACUGAUCCCAACCCAAUAUCGUCCGCCCGAUAUCGAACAGUGCGUGUAGUUUGUAGCCAACUUACGCAACGAAGAGAAGCCAGUCGAGUCCGAAAGUCAGUGCCUUAUGCCGUGCCUUUGCUAGUUGGUUGUAAUUCGUUGCAAACAGCUGUUUCUGUCAUUGUUGUUGGUGUCGCUGGAGGGUUCAAAGUGUCAGGCGCAGCAUUGCUAUCGCAGAGCAUGAAUGUACGAGGUGGUGGCAUCAUCAUUAUUCAACGGUACGGCCGAUUACUAAUCAACGCGCUUCGUAUCACAAAAGACGUGGUGAUCGGACGCACCAAUCCGACGUUCGCAAGACGACUGCUGCUAGCUGCUGGCAGUAAACAAAAGUUUACAGUUCCGGUGCGCCCACUGCUAUUCGUGACGUCCUAUUCGUUGUUUUCGUCCAAGGAAAAAAAGAAAGAAUCUCCCGAGACCACCAAAAUGGCAGACGAAGGUGUAAAAUCGCUCAGCGAGACCAUCCAGCACGCAGACCAACUGUUCGACGAGAACAAUUUCCAGGAGGCAUACGAUCUGCUGCAAAAGUACCCGGCACAAGAAACGUACGAUAUUAAGUGGCGACUUGCCAGAGUGACGUUUUCACUUUCGAAGCCACAGCCCAGUCCCCGCAAGGAAGAGCUGGUGCGCGAAGCUUUCCGUUACGCGGAGGAAGCCCUUAAGCUGAACGACGGCGAUUUUGCCUCCCAUAAAUGGUACUCCAUUCUACUGGAUGCCAAAAGCAGUCUGGACGGUAUUAAGGAGCGCGUAACGCAGCUGGAAACGGUCAAGCAGCAUAUGCAGCGAGCGGUGGAGCUGAACCCGAACGAUCCUACCAGCUGGUACAUCUUGGGCCAUUUCUACUACGGGCUUGCCGAUCUUCCCUGGUACCAGCGCAAGAUUGUUUCGACCAUUUUCGCGACACCACCGACAGGAACGUAUGAACAAGCGCUUGAAUGCUUCGAAAAGGCCGAAUCGACCCAGCCCAACUUUUACUCGAUGAAUCAUCUGAUGCUGGCCAAAACGUACCAGGCUCUAAAGCAGGCGGAAAAGGCGAAAGAAUUCAUGACUCUGGCUGCCAACGUGGCCGUGCUGAACGAGGACGACAAACAGUGCAAGGAAGAGGCAACGAAAUUGCUGAAGAAAAUGUAAUCCAGCAGAUGAUAGCCGCAGCUUUUGUUAGUAUGCGGGAUCACCCGCACGGUCGAGGGAAAAUGGUUUCAAUUUUAAACGUUUUGUUUGUGCAUCACGAUUUUUCACUGCUUUCCGGAAUAUUUGCAUCGUAAAAAAUAAUACAAUAAAAGGCUCAUUCCAGAACAAAAGAGGAACGAUGAUGUUGGUUCCGAUUCACGGCGUGGAAUUGCCUAUUUAGUUCCUGUUUCAUGCAGAACCUUGAUUGCGAUUAUGAACAGCGAUAAACGACGUACUAAAGUUUUGUGAUACGAAAAAGGGCUUAGAGGGAAUCAUAUUUAAACUAUCGUUUGCGUAUGGAAUGUUAUUAAAAUGAAUGAGCUGUUUCCUUAUAGCUUACCACUUUUUGUUCAAUAUUUCUACGGCCAAUAAAAUCCAGCACGAAAA